UCUUUGCAGAUGACCAUGCCUCCAUGCGCCAAACGAGCCCCAGCAUGGAGCAAUGGCGAGUUGCUGGACCUCAUCAGUGUUUGGGGUGAGGAAGCUGUGCAGUCACAGCUGCGCUCCAGCCUUAGGAAUUACGAUACCUAUGGGCAGAUAUCAAGGGCCAUGCUGGAAAGGGGCCAUGACCGGGACGUGGUGCAGUGCGGGGUUAAAGUGAAGGAGCUGAGGAGUGCCUAUUGCAAAGCCCGCGAGGGAAACCGCUGCUCCGGCGCUGCCCCUGUGACCUGCUGUUUUUACAAGGAGCUGGACACGAUACUUUGGGGUGACCCCACUGCAAAUCUGACGACCACAAUGGACACUUCAGAGCGGGGGGAGGAAACCGAGACUGAGGGUACUGGGGUGGGGGGAGACACCCCAGAGUCCCAGGAGGCAUGCAGCCAGGAACUUUUCUCAAGCCAGGAGGAAGGCAGCCAGUUGCAGCAGCCAGUACUUGGUGAAGGACAAGCAGAGGAGCAGGUUGCCGUGUUCUUGACUACUUGACUGCCCUUAUCAUCGACUGCUCAGAGGCUACAAAACCUCAGGAAGAAGCUGCGAAAAAGCAAAGAAGACAUGCUGAAAGCAGUUAUGGAUCACUCUGCCAGAGAGAGUAAAAAACUGCAGGACUGGAGGAAAAAACUGCAGGACUGGAGGGAAAGGGAAAGCAGGAUCCGCCAGAGAAACACAGCGGCUAAGAAGAAAAGCACAAAGCAGCUGAUAAGCAUCCUGGGGCGCCAAGCGGACUCUAUCCAGUCACUUGUAGCCAUGCAGGCAGAGCACUACCGUGCCGGCCCUCAUCCCCUGUCCCAAAGCUCUUUCCCUUGUGCCCCAAUGUCAGCUCCAAACCCCCUUCGCCAGCAUCCAGGUUCUUACCACCACCAGCUGCCCCCAACACCUGUACGUUCACCAACUAGCCCUGAGAACUACGACCCUUACCCUCAGCACUCAACCCCCAUCACCAUGCAGUAUUUUCAUCCUGAAGUGCAGCAGUCAUUGUACAGCACUCCUGACAGGACAUAUUCAAACCUGUGACUGUACAGUUCACCACCCCACCCCCCUGCCCUUUUAGGUUCCCAAAAUGUUGUGUGUCUGUCAAGAAAGUUAUUUGCUUUUCAAUAAAUGAAUUCUUGGCUUUGAAAACAGUGUUUAUUAUUGCAGAAAGUGAAAGAUACCGUAGCCCAGGAAAGAAACAGGCACUGCAAA